AUGCUACGACUAGACAACAAAGUCGUCCUCAUCACCGGCCUCGGCCAAACAACGGACGAAGGCUGGGGCAUUGGCGCCGCAAUAGCCUGUAAUCUUGCAAAACAAGGCGCAGUUAUUUUCGGCGGCAACAGAUCAUUGGCAUCAGCGCAGCGCACAAAAUCCCGCAUUGAGAGCGCUGGGGGAACAUGCGAUGUCCAGGAGACAAAUGUCACCGAUUCAGCUUCCGUCAAAGCAUUGGUAGACGCCUGUAUGCAACGACAUGGUCGCAUUGACAUCCUCGUCAACAACGUCGGAAAAUCCGAGCCCGGCUGUCCAGUGACCAUGGCGGAGGAAGUUUGGGACUCGCAAGUCGAUCUAAACCUGAAAAGCGUCUAUUUGACCUGUCACCAUGUACUACCCAUUAUGGAGAAGCAAGCAACUGGUUCAAUUGUGAAUGUUUCAAGUAUUGCCGGAUUACGGUAUAUUGGGAAGCCGCAAAUCGCAUACUCGACUACCAAGGCAGCAAUAAUACAAUUUACAAAGGCUACGGCAGUUAUAUAUGCUGGAAAGAAUGUGAGGUUGAACACUGUUGUGCCGGGUCUGAUAUACACCCCGUAUACACGGGAGAUGGCGAAACGGUAUGCGCCUGGUGAAGAUGAAAAGGAAUACAUGCGUAAGCGGGAUGAGCAGGUACCGAUGAAUCGUAUGGGGGACGCCUGGGAUGUGGCUAACGCAGUCGUGUUUCUUGCUGCUGAUGAGUCCAAGUACAUUACAGGUCAGGAAUUAGUAGUUGAUGGAGGUAUUACUUCAUCGACAGGAAGGGUGUAA